AUGUCUGUUCACAUAUCGUCCGAGAAGCUUCUUCGCACACUAGUGCCCAUUAUCGAACCGGCUUUGCUGAGCGGGGAUCCACUGUACCGUCGCGGCGGCUACAUGUGCCUGGCCCUCAUCUCGGAGGGGUGCUCGGAGGCCUUCAAGCGCAAUAAUCUGGAAAAAAUGUUGAGCAUUAGCAUUAAGAGAGGCGUUGUCGAUAAAGAUCCUGGCGUACGUAGCGUAGCCUUCUUUGCCCUGGGUCAGUUCUCGGAGUAUAUGCAGCCGCAGAUAUCUGCUUUUGCAAUACAAAUUCUGCCCGUGCUCUUAGAUUUCCUGAAUAGUCUGGUGCUGGAGAAGGCGCUGGACCAAUCGGAGGGGCCCUGCUACAUGACGUAUGACCGAAUGUUUUAUGCUCUGGAGGUGUACUGCGAGAACCUCGAAGACAAAAUUGUGCAAUAUUUGCCAGUGCUGAUGGAGCGUCUGUUAGGUUGCAUGGACCCACGUAACAUCGUAAAAAUUCGACAGCUGGCGCUGUCCAGCAUCUCUGCGGUGGCCACCGCAUCCAAAGAGAAUUUCUUACCGUACUUUCCUACGAUUAUGGACGCACUGAAGCAGUGUCUGGUGUAUGAGUGCUCAGAGUCGCUGAAUCCGCUACGCAUUCAGGCCAUCGAUACACUGUCCUCGAUCUCCCGCACGGUGGGCAAGGAGAAUUUCAUGCAUCUCGCCCAGGAUACAACGCAGUUUACGCUGACCAUGCUGGAGCAGGGUCCCGAUGAUCCGGAUAUGAGGCGUGCCAUCUAUAGUCUGAUUGGAGGGCUAGCUAUUGUGGUGACUGAGAAUAUGGCCACUGUGCUGCCGAAGAUCAUGGAACGGAUUCUACAGACGGUGGCCACGACAGAGCAGGACUGCAGGACUGAAAACGAACAGGAUGGUGAUGUUGAGGAUGAUGAUAAAGAUGACUCUGACGAUUAUGAGCUGCAGGUUCAAAAUGACUAUCUCUUUGAGAAGGCAGAGGCCAUAAUAACCUUGAAGGAAUCCGCAGUCAAUUCGUAUAAAUCCUUCUCGCCCUACCUCACAAGGUCACUCGAAGCAGUCUACAAGAACAUUGAUCAUGGACAGGAGGUCAUUCGCAAGGCAUCCGUCGAUGCGCUCUGCGCCUUUGUGAUUGCCCUCGAUAAUGUGCUGGACACAGAAGGCGUUUUGCGAGCCUGCGCCAUUCUCAUGCCAAAGUUUUCCAAACUCAUUCAGACUGACAAGGAACCGUGUGUGGUUCGUAAUUUACUUUAUGAGCUUGAUGAUCUCAUCCGAGCCGUUAAGUCGGCGGCCUUUGCUACGCCUGAACAGGCAGAGAUUGUUGUUGGUGCCAUUGCAGGUGUGCUACAGAAUAAUACGGCCUGUCAGGACAGUGAGCACAGUGGCGAUGGUGACGCUGGUGAGGUGGACAAUGAGGAAAGCGAGUGCAAUGAGGUGCUCCUUGAGAGUGCUUGCAAUUUGGUGGCCACAAUUGGACAAGCUCUCGAACUGGUAUAUAAUGCUGAAGACAAGUCCUUUGGCUCGUUUUCUGUGAUUCUGCAGGCCCUCUCCAAUGCGAUCGCCAACGAGAAGGAUGCCUCAGUACUGGACAAUAUCUGUGGUGCCCUGGCGCGCCUGAUUAUAAACAAUUUUAAUCUGGUGCCUCUGGCUAAUGUACUGCCUGUGUUCAUCUCCGUUCUGCCCAUUCGCACUGACUUGGUGGAGAAUGCUAUGGUGCUCAAGGCCUUCCGUGUGCUCUACGUGAAUGCGCGUCCCAGUGUUGUCGAUUUCAUUAGCCAAAUGGUUUCCAUCACUCUACAUGUGCUGUUCAAUGGGCAGUUUGACGAUUGCGAGUCCCAUGUCAGUGCCAUCACCUUCAUGUUAGAAAUUCAAAGUGAAUAUCCCGACCAUUUCAACGAACACUAG